GAGAGAGAAACAGAAGAAAACCAAGAUAGAGAGGAGAGAGAUUGCAGCGAUCGAGGGUGCAAUCUAAUUCUCAGAGAAGAGCGCGAGAAAUAUAUGUGGAGAGAGAGAACGAGAGAGAAAAAAGAAAAAAGAAAAAAGAAAAAAGAGGAAAAAUAAGAAUAAAAAUUAAAAGCGAAUGCGAAGAGAGAGAGAGAGAGAGAGAGAGAGAGCGAAAUCGAAUUAAAAGCAUUUGAAGGAACAUACGAGGAAUCAAAGCUAAGUCUCUCUAGAUGCAAACGCUGAAUCUCAAUCAAUCUUACUCACACAAGCUCGAAAAGGUGGGUGCAGGUGGCGCUAUUGGAAACAGGGAAAGCCCUAAUUCAAUUGGUAAUAAUUGGGGGUUUUGGCGCUUCACGGUUUUGUAUUUGCAGAAAAGACAAUUGGCUAUUGUGGAAGUCUUAUAUGGACUCCAUGUUUUGAGAAAUGCAACCUUCGCAGGAGCAAUCACGGAUCAAUCUUGGUGACUUGAAGGCACAGAUGGUGAAGAAGCUUGGCCCAGAGAGGUCAAAGCGUUACUUCCAUUAUUUGAAUGGACUGUUGAGCCUUAAGUUAAGCAAAGGUGAGUUUGAUAAGCUAUGUCAUCGGACUCUUGGAAGGGAGAAUCUCCCUUUGCACAACCAGCUGAUACGUUCAAUUCUGAAGAAUGCUUGCCAUUCUAUGGUCCCACCUCCACAUGUUUACGAGAAGGAAGGCUGGAAGUCAAAAUUAGGAGCUGGAAAGAGAUCUCCUUCAAGAGAAGGUAGUGGGCCCUCACCAACUCCAGUGAUUUGGUUAAAUGGGAAUAUUCCGGCACAUUCGCUCCAAAAGACCAAGUCUGGGAUUCCAGACAGGAAGCUUACAGAUCGACCGAGCUCUCUAGGACCAAAUGGGAAGGUUGGGUUUGAGUUUCCUUCUCAACAAUCAACUACUACAGAUGACAGCAUCAGGAUUAUUACGGAAAAUGGGGAUUUGAAGCCAUGUGACUUCCAUAGGCCUGUCCAGCAUCAUCAGGGCCUUGCGGAGCAACCUGAAAUCGAGUGUAAGUUUUCACUUCAGCGUCCACACAAAAAACAACGAAUUAAUAGAUCACUGGAUGAUCCAGUUUCUGUACAUAGCCAGCUUGAACUUGAAGUAGUUGUCGUCACUGAAGAUGGGGAAGAGUUGGAGCAGGCCAACAUUUCCAGCUCCGCCACUAGAAGUCCACUUAGGGCUCCUCUUGGGGUUCCAUUUUUCUCAGCUAGUAUAGGUGGGGCCCGCAGGGCUUUGCCAAUUCCGAGCAGGAGUAGUUUUGCUAGUUAUUAUGACAGUGGUGAAUUAUCUGAUAUGGAGACAUUGAGGAAACGUAUGGAGCAGAUUGCAGAAGUACAGGGCCUUGAAGGGGUGACAACAGACUCUGCUAAUUUGUUAAAUAAUGGGUUGGAUGCAUAUUUGAAGCAGUUGAUCUGGUCUUGCAUUGAGCUAGUAGGAGCAAGAUCUGGACAUGAGCCAUCAGUGCAAUCUGUUUACAAGCAACAGACUCGGGAUAAAGUCAUUAAUGGUAUCUUGCCGCGUCAUCAGUCACAUAUGCCAAGUAGCAGUGGGCCCUUGGAAGGCACCCAAGAACACAUAAGCCAUUGUCCGAUAUCUUUGCUUGAUUUUAAGGUUGCAAUGGAGCUAAAUCCACAGCAGCUUGGAGAAGAUUGGCCAUUGCUGCUGAAAAAAAUUUGUAUGCACUCAUUCUUGGAAUAAAACAUCCAAGGCAAACCUUGGUUUCUCCAAAGCUAUGGUUGGGUGGGCCGCACUAGUUCAAGGGGUCAAGCAGUUAUUGAUGGACACUAUUGACACAGUGACCGCUCCGUUAUGGCAGUGAUGGACCAGACAAGCAACCCCCGGGAUAAAGUUUCUGUCCCUUCCAAGAUGAACUGGGAAUCAGAGCAGGAAGUCCUUGUAUUAUCCUGCUGCUGGGCCAUACUCAACCAGGAAUACAUUUAACAGCAAUCACUCAGAAGGUUAUCUCAAAAGAAUUUACCUAUGUUUGGUUGCACUGCUGUAUGUUAAGCAUUUGUGUUGGUUGUCUCCCGCCAUCACUGCAGAUCUCGAGUUUUUUUGUAAUUUACAGCAAAUGAAGAGGAAAUUUAAGACCAGUUUUGCAGUAAUAUUGUUGUGUAGCUUGGUAUAAGGUAAAAUCACAUCAUGUAAGGAUGGCAGUGUUGCAGUGUAUGAAAUAUCAAAACUGAGAAUUGAUUUGAGUCCAAAAUUAACAACACAUCUCAUCCCAAAUUAUUUUA